AUGGCGGCGCAGUGGCGUGGAAAAGAUGAGAAUAUAGUCACCGGCAACACGGAAUUUCUGACCACAAACGCAUUCAAUGAGGUACGGCUUUAAUACAUGAUUUUUCGGCAUACAUGUGGCCAAAUAAAAAUUACUUCAAACACUUGGCUUCGGCUAUUUUUCGUGUUUGAAAAAGGCAAGCAAUCACGCGGUGCCUACACGUGGAUGUUAACGGCUAGUGGAAGCUAGCUGCGAAUCGCAUGGUGGCAUGGGGAAAUAACUGCUGGUGACAAGUAGCUAGCUAACUAUGUUGUUUCCUUUAUUUCACGAUUUUAGCUAUGCAAAAACUAUUUUGUCUCUACAAAGUAAUAACUGGCUAAGUUGCGGUGACAGUGAGUUGAAUUCGCUUGGAAUGUGAUAGAAUUAAGUAGGUAGUCAGCCAAGUUUCUGCUCGAAAAACGCUAUGUUCUGUCUGCUGCUAGUAGUUGUUGGUGGGCUCGCAGUUUCUAAUGACUGGUGGUGUUGUGGUGUAUGCGGAAGUUGGCAACAAUGAAUUGUCGGUUGGCCUCGAUCAAAAGCAAAUGAUAAGAUUAAAUUGUCUGAGUUUAUUCUUUCGAAUAUUCUGCAUUCACGUGGCUACCGACAUGCAUAUUUAGCAAAGGACUGGAACGUACACACACUGUCCCAUUCAUAGCAGACAGGGACACAUUACAUUUGUAAAGUUGGAACUGGUACGGUCCAAGUGUUGGCCAUGUCAACCAUGGGUUCAUACAAAAGUCAAUAUCAUUCUGCUAAAAUGCACCGUUAUUUUACUCGAUCUUAUAUCAUUGCAUUUUAAUUGACUUUGCAUACCACCCAUUUCAGUAAACAUUAUCCAUAUAUCAUUCGCACCUGUCAACACUGUUCUCAACACCCAGGAUCUUGUUUUGUUGAACUAGCUAUAGCCGCUGUACUCACAUGGGAAACAUUAAUGAUAAACAGAGUUGUAGUUAGUGUGAUUGUAUAGGCCUAACAUUGACGGUAAUAGGAGUGAGUGUCAGGCACCUAGUAGCCUACAGUGGCCUAUUAUUUCAACACUCCACGUCUUUGUACUACUGUACUAUCCCCGUUCAAUUAAAAUAAUGUAUAUUUCCUGAGAGGGAAUGUCAUGUGUAGUGAAGGAUUAGUACAUACGAAACACAUAGGGACUCUAUGGGCUGUGGUCCAAAGUAGUGCACUAUAUAGGGAAUAGAGUGCCAUUUGGGAUGGGUCCAAUAACGUUGUUACCCCACGACACGCUUUUCUGGUUUCCCCAGUCUGCACAUUUUACAAUGCUCCCCUUGUUACUGUUCCCAGUCUAAUCUCAUUUCCCACAUACUUAUUGGUCGUGGGGACACUGACAAAAGAACACUGACUGGGACAGUCCGAAAUGGCAGCCUAGUCCCUGUAUAGUGCACUACUUUUGUCCAGAGCCCUAUGGACCUUGGUCAAAAAUAGUGCACUGCAUUGGGAAUAGGGUGCCUUUUGGGACGUAGCCCGUAAUCAUAUUAGACCAUUGUUGUUGUCAAGGAGUGAGAGUGCAGACUACUAUGGGCUAACUGUCACUUUUAUGACAACGCAGGUUCUUAUGAUGCGCGGGACACUUUGUGCUGCUGUUAUUACACCUCGUUGGAUAAAUCAAUCUGAAGUGUGGGAAUGAAUGUCUGAACAUUUCCCUCCUCCACCCCUGCCUCAGGGCGCUGCUCUUCAACAGUCUGAAAACAUGGCUGGGCAUGCGCACACACACACAUUCUGAUGGGAAGAAGCAUCCAAACACAGCCCAAACAAACAAACAAUGACUAGCAGCUUGUUUUAGUGUAUUCGGACUGCCCUUUGAGUUAUGUUGCUCAAGUGUCUUUUAGUAGAAAUACGUUCACUUUUUUUCAAUGAAUCUUUCCUUGAUUCCUCUCAUCCUUCCUCUUUAUGCAUAGCUACAUUAAAGAAGAACUUCAGAAGGGACGGACUUUGGACUCCAAUACGGUUGGGAAAGAGAAGAGGAGAUAGGAUGCGUGGAAUCACAGAAAGACUCAUUGAGAUCGAGCAACUGUUUCUAUAGGCUGCGUUUACACAGGCAGCCCAAUUCUGAUCUUUUUGCUUUCUCUUUUGACCAAUCAGAUAUUUUUCCCAAUAAUUGGGCAAAAGAUCAGAAUUGGGCUACCCGUGUAAGCGCAGCCUAUUUGCCUGACACAUGAUUUAACUUGUUCUCCCUUUCUGAUCUUGUUGUGCGUUACAGGCUGUCCUGGGUAAAGGGAAAGUCAGUGCUCUGGAAAUGGACACUCACUCCUGCCUGGACCCUUCCAUCCUGGCUAUGUUUGAAGACUCCGCCGUAACUGCAGAGGUAAGUAGCAGGACAUAAUGUUGGCCAACGUUCAGAUAUACUGGGGGCGUAUUCAUUACGCCGAUUCUGUUGCAAAGCGUUUCUUUAAAAGGAAGCAAACGGAACAAAACGGGGAGGGAACUACCUGAAUUUGUCCAAUAGAAACUCUUGUUUUGCUCUGUUUGCUACUGUUUGGGUCUUAAACGGUUUACGUAAUGAAUACGCCCCUGAUGUAGACCCUGUUCCCGUCCGAGACAGGUUCUACAUCAGUGGUUCCCAAACUUCAGAUCGGGACCCAAUGUGGGUUCCCCUGAAAUUGAAAUGGAGUCCCCUGAAAUUGAAAAGGAGUCUCCUUAGAAAAUCUGUAAUCUUAUCAAACAAAUUAAGAUUUUUUACAUCUUCAAAUGGGUAUAGAAUACAACCUUAUAGUGUCAACUAAGGGCCUUUUACACUAUUUGAAUGCUCUUUCAUGUUAUUGUUAUGUGUUGGGACAGCCUGCAGGACCUAAAGUUGAGUAAAUAUGAACACACAGCAUUAACUAGGGAAUAUCAUGUUUCCAAGUGGGGUCGCCUGUAUUUUCUAGUGUCAAUUUGGAGUCAUGUGCAGGAAAAAGUCCUGGUAUACAUGAACUUGUCCAAUUAGACACACUCGGUCUGUUCUGCUGCAACGAUUUUUUCCUGUCACAGAAAUGAAUGAUGACGUUUGUAUUUUAUUUUUAUAUAUAUAUAUAUAUAUAUAUAUAUAUAUAUAUAUAUAUAUAUAUAUAUUAGGGCUGUCAAAAAUAGCGCGUUAACGACGUUAAUUAGUUGUUUGCUGUUAAUUACGUCAAUUUUUUUAACGCAUUUCACGCAUGCGCAGUGUGACAAAUUAUUCAGGUCAGGAAAGUGGUUGGGAGCUAGAGGCGAGAUGGAGCAAGGUGAGCAAAGUGGGCCUAUUGACGGAUUCAAAUAUAAAAAGAAUGAUGAUGGUACAGUUAACAAGUACAAGGUUAUUUGUAAGAAGGAGUUUCAAUUUCACCGGAGCUGUUCAAGCUUGAAGUACCAUGUCAACGCCAAACAUGCGUUUGCUGGGCCGUCAGAUUCAGCAAGUGGUUUGCGCCAGACCACGCUGAAUGUUUGCAGGCAAUUAACAAAAUCAACCUCAGAUAAUUUGACCAAUACAAUAGCAAAAUGGAUUGCAAAGGAUUGUAGACCCAUUAGCAUUGUAGAAGACUCAGGUUUCCUUGAUGUUUUGCAAGUGGCGUCUCAAGACUCAUUCUAUAAGCCACCGUCAAGAGCCACAGCCAAAGACAAAUAUUAUGGUGUGUAGUAUGUUUCAGCUUGAUUUAAAACACCAUUAUUUGGCUGUGUUAAUAAACAGACAUAAUAUGAAAAUUAUGUAUCUGUGUCCUGUUAUUUAUCUUUUGGUAUGCAUUUCAGAAAAAAAAUGGUUAGGAUUCAGGUGUAAUUGCAAAUAGUGAUUAAUCAUGAUUAAUCCACUGAAAAUUCUGAUUAAUUUGAUUAAACAUUUUAAUCAUUUGACAGCCCUAAUAUAUAUAUAUAUAUAUAUAUAUACGUUUUUCAGAAAUGAAUGACAUUGUUUUUCAGACUAGGAGCAGACUGGAUGAGGAGUGUGAGUCCACGUUGUUGACAGCACUAACAGAGAUACUGGACAGUGUUGACGAUGAGACCCUGUCUCCCUUCGACACCCUGCCUGACACCGGGGUCUUCUCUGACCAGAGGCUACGGGACAACUCACCGGUGGGUAAAACCAAGUGUGGGUCUGUGUGUGAUUCAGAAUCAAUUGAGUUUUAGAGUAACCAGCGCUCCUACUCUGAGACGCUUUGUGACUACAGUCCCAGGUGUUCUUGAUUUGAUGAGAAUCAGGGGUACUGCUUUUAUUUUGGUUUUAUCUGUAAGUCAUCGUGAAAAUGGUGUGUGUCUGGGAGGACGUGAUUGUUGUUUUGUAAUAACUGUGUUUAUCCUGUUUUGUGUGUUUCUCCAGUUGAGGCGGCUGCUGAGUUUAACACGGUCUCCACCUGAUAAAGAACCACUCUUUCGUUCCAUAAAGACCCCCUCUUGCUCUUCAUCCCCCUCUUCCUCUGUUGGAAAGGUAGAAACCUCAUCCCUUUCUCUUUUAUGGAAGUCCGUGUGUGUGUGUCAGAUUGAGAUUAGCCGUACUGCUACUGGUAAUCCCACCUGUUAAUCUGGGUUUACAGAGGUCAUUUCAAUGUCAAAAGGACCACUAGAAGAGUGCACUCCAACCCUGUUCUUGGGCGGCAGGUAGCUUAGUGGGUAAGAGCGUUGUGCCAGUAUUUUUUUAUUUUUUUUAUUUCACCUUUAUUUAACCAGGUAAGCCAGUUGAGAACAGGUUCUCAUUUACAACUGCGACCUGGCCAAGAUAAAGCAAAGUAGUGCAAUAAAAACAACACAGAGUUACAUAUGGGGUAAAAAAAAACAUAAAGUCAGAAAUACAACAGAAAAAUAUAUAUACAGUGUGUGCAAAUGUAGCAAGUUAUGGAGGUAAGGCAAUAAAUAGGCUAUAGUGCAGAAUAAUUACAAUAGUAUUAACACUGGAAUGCUAGAUGUGCAAGAGAUUAUGUGCAAAUAGAGAUACUGGGGUGCAAAAGAGCAAAAUAAAUAACAAUAUAGGGAUGAGGUAGUUGGGUGGGCUAAUUUCAGAUGGGCUGUGUGCAGGUGCAGUGAUCGGUAAGGUGCUCUGACAACUGAUGCUUAAAGUUAUUGAGGGAGAUAAGAGUCUUCAGCUUCAGAGAUUUUUGCAAUUCGUUCCAGUCAUUGGCAGCAGAGAACUGGAAGGAAUGGCGGCCAAAGGAGGUGUUUGCUUUGGGAAUGACCAGUGAGAUAUACCUGCUGGUGCGCAGACUACGGGUGGGUGCUGCUAUGGUGACCAAUGAGCUAAGAUAAGGCGGGGAUUUGCCUAGCAGUGAUUUAUAGAUGGCCUGGAGCCAGUGGGUUUGACGACGAACAUGUAGUGAGGACCAGCCAACAAGAGCGUACAGGUCACAGUGGUGGGUAGUGUAUGGGGCUUUGGAGACAAAACGGAUGGCACUGUGAUAGACUACAUCCAAUUUGCUGAGUAGAGUGUUGGAGGCUAUUUUGUAAAUGACAUCGCCGAAGUCAAGGAUCGGUAGGAUAGUCAGUUUUACGAGGGCAUGUUUGGCAGCAUGAGUGAAGGAGGCUUUGUUGCGAAAUAGGAAGCCGAUUCUAGAUUUAACUUUGGAUUGGAGAUUCUUUAUGUGAGUCUGGAAGUUGAGUUUACAGUCUAACCAGACACCUAGAUAUUUGUAGUUGUCCACAUACUCUAGGUCAGACCCGUCGAGAGUGGUGAUUCUAGUCGGGUGGGCGGGUGCUAGCAGCGUUCGAUUGAAAAGCAUGCAUUUAGUUUUACUAGUGUUUAAGAGCAGUUGAAGGCUACUGAAGGAUUGUUGUAUGGCAUUGAAGCUCGUUUGGAGGUUUGUUAACACAGUGUCCAAUGAAGGGCCAGAUGUAUACAAAAUGGUGUCGUCUGCGUAGAGGUGGAUCUGAGAGUCACCAGCAGCAAGAGCGACAUCAUUGAUAUACACGGAGAAAAGUGUCGGCCCAAGAAUUGAACCCUGUGGCACCCCCAUAGAGACUGCCAUAGGUCCAGACAACAGGCCCUCCGAUUUGACACACUGAACUCUAUCUGAGAAGUAGUUGGUGAACCAGGCGAGGCAGUCAUUUGAGAAACCAAGGCUAUUUAGUCUGCCAAUAAGAAUGCGGUGGUUGACAGAGUCGAAAGCCUUGGCCAGGUCGAUGAAGACGGCUGCACAGUACUGUCUAUUAUCAAUCGUGGUUAUAAUAUCGUUUAGGACCUUGAACGUGGCUGAAGUGCACCCGUGACCAGCUCGGAAACCGGAUUGCAUAGCGGAGAAGGUACGGUGGUAUUCGAAAUGGUCGAUGAUCUGUUUGUUAACUUGGCUUUCGAAUACUUUCGAAAGGCAGGGCAGGAUGGAUAUAGGUCUGUAGCAGUUUGGAUCUAGAGUGUCACCCCCUUUGAAGAGGGGGAUGACCGCGGCAGCUUUCCAAUCUCUGGGGAUCUCAGACGUUAUGAAAGAGAGGUUGAACAGACUAGUAAUAGGGGUUGCGACAAUUUCGGCGGCUAGUUUUAGAAAGAAAGGGUCCAGAUUGUCUAGCCCAGCUGAUUUGUAGGGGUCCAUUUGUAGUAACCGAAAGGUCGCUGGUUCUAAUCCCCGAGCCGACUAGGUGAAAAAUCUGUCGAUGUGCCCUUGAGCAAGGCACUUAACCCUAAUUGCUCCUGUAAGUCGCUCUGGAUAAGAGCGUCUGCUAAAUGACAAAAUAAAAUAAAAAAAUAAAAAAAGCUACCCUCCUGUAGGUUUUCACUCCGACCCUGUUCCUGGAAGCUACCCACCUGUGUUUUUCAUUACGUCUUGCAAUGGAAACUGUUUACUGUUUAAGAAGGAAACAGAAUGAAACGAGGAGGGUCCUACUUGAAUUUGUCCAAUAGAAACUCAUUUUCGUUGCAAAACGUUUUCUGUUACAAAACGUCUGUUGCACAUUUUCAACAGAAUCGGCAUAAUGCAGUGUUUCCGCUGCAGUGGAGUGCCACAGCAAAAUCAUUGCAGACACCAAUGUUCCCUCACAUUUUUUCAGUCACUAAGCAAAUAUCAGGUCUGCUGAGCGCAAACUUGAACGCUGUGAAAAUUCUGUGCAACUUCCGGCGCGCAUUUAGUGUGAACACUGUGGCUGUACCCGCUUUAAGUUAGUUUUAACAGUGGCCAAGUAGGCUACUGUGGCUAUUUGAUCAUAAUGUAGACCUACCAGAGUGGCCUACCAUCAAAAACAAGGGAGACAAAUGCAUCCCAUAACAUUUAAACAUGGAAGUAGCUGUUCUAUCAUUCAGCUUACAGUAGCAGCAAAUGUGUGGUGUUCAAUGUAGGUCUACAGUACGUGAGACCUUUGUAAAAAAAACAUGCAGGGCUUGACAAUAACCUGUUUAUCCACUUGUCCUUCAAACAAGGAGGUGACUGAAAAUGUUGUUUGAUGCAAGAAACUACUUUACAAAAUAAAAUGCAUUAUUAUUCCCAGACCAUUAUUACAGAGAAUCAGACAAAUUAUGCUUCCCUCUGCCUAUUGGCUACUUAGUCUCAAAAUACAACACUGCCCCUUUAAGACAUAAAAAUGCUCUUUACCUGACUUGCUUUUCAAAGAUGUCUAGAAAUGCACACAUUUUGUGCUCUUUUAGGAAGCAACCACUCCCCCAUUGUUGACUUGAAAUGAUCUAUAACUGGGCUAAUAACUCACUAACUAGCAAAGGAUAUGAACAAAUGUACACAGGUGGCUACAUGCAGCUCUCGCUUUGAUCUCAAAACAAGCGCAUCUACUCAAGACCUCUCAUGCUGUAAAGACAGUCCAGUUCAAAGUGAAUGGCCAUAUAUGAUCCAUAUAUGGCAAUGGUUUAUUUGCAUAUAGGCCUACUGCAGCUCUGAUUGGUUAUGAGGCACCGGUCUGUGUAGAGUAUGUGCCUGAGUCGUGCCUGUCAAUACAAUAGAAUCCUACUCUGAUGCGUUCUGCCUACAACAAAAUCUCUUGCACAGUUAGUUUUGCAUACUAAUAAGUCCUGCAUAGUUUGUUUUGUUACAUUGAAAGUGGCUAAUAUUGCGUUGGUUCAAGCACAAUUCCCACAGUAGAGCGAAACGUUGACAGUGUUAACUAAAGGGGAAGUUCUAUCUGGUGAUUCUCUACGAGGGCUGAUAUUUCAUCUGCUCAGUCCGAGGCGAGGUGCGCGGCACACGCACACGCGCAGCUUAGCGGGAACAUUGGCUGACACGCCAAAAAAAUAUGGAACAUAAAACAAAUGUUUCUGCCGAGGCGCACUUUGAAGAUGCUGGAACAGUCCACAUUUCCUUUUCCUCUGCAAACAAAAUGAGUAAAGAAUAGAACAAUCAGACAGCCCCAUUGGAGAAUAGUUGAUCUAUUUCUAUACCAGAUAAAUAUUCCUCUCGAGGCGCAGUCAAGUUACGAGGACCACAGGAAGAGCCCUGCACUAGAGUAACUUGUUUGAUUUAAAAUAAGAAAAACGGUUUAUAGAUUUGCAUUCGUUUUAAUGUACUAAAUAAAAUGUCUAUCAUAACGGAUUUCAUAUUCAUUUGUAUGGGAUUGGGUUUUGUCAUAGAUUGGAAAUCAUACAAAAAAUAUUAGUAUACUGCACUGUAUGGGAUUGAGUUUGUCAUAAAAAAAUAAUAUAGAGAAUGAUAUCUCUAUUAUAAAAAAAUAUAUAUAAAAAAUAAAGAGGAAAAAUAGCAAGCACGGUUAUGUGCAUAGCUACCUCUCCUGGAGUAACAGUCUUGACGUCAUUCUUCCUUACAGGUUGAGGCGGUCAUUACCGACAGACCCAGGAGGGCUAGGCUAACUCCCAGAGCCCAGGCCUCUUCCACCCCCACAUCCAUACCGAGGAGCGAUGGAGAGGAGGAGGAAAGGAGUGAUGCAGAAGGAGAGGAGGAGGAGGGCAGCAAGGUCCACAUUCACAGUCCGACUCAGGGCUUCAAUCUGACCAAUCAGGACUCUGAACAAUUCUCCCCCGACCAAUCAGAAGUGAGAGCGCUGAACUCUGUAGAGAACGACCACGGCUACUACUCUACAGUGUCCCUGGUCGACCUGGUGAAACUAAUGCACCCCUACUGCCUGAGGGUGAGCCUGGAUAAGGAGGGGGAGGACUGGGUCGGCACACCCAGGCAGGAGGCCUACUCUCUGGGGGAACGGAGCGCGGACCAGAGGGUACCCCUGGAGGGCGAGGUGUGGAGGUAUACGAAGCCCGGUUCGGAAGCGAGCGACGAGGAGAUUGAUGUGGACGGAUCGGAUGAUGAGUGUCCCUCAGGAGGAGGGAUAGAGAAAGAGGGGGAUGGAGGACAGGGAAGUAGAGGUGAAGAAGUGACGCGACUAAAAAGUUUACUGGUGAAAUGGGACGCGCCCAAAGAAGGCCAGAAGACCAAGAACAAAAAAAGAGUGAGCUUCGGACCUGUCCUGGUGACGUCUUACGAGCAACCAGCUGCAGACGAACCUGACUUAAACGUGUUCCCGGACUUGAGCGAGCUCACCAGACAAAUCCCUAGUUCUGACUUCAACAACAACACCAAAACAACAACCAUUUCCCUCACAACAUGCUUUCCAGAGUCUUCAGCAGCAUCUUCAAAGGACAACCAACAUCAGGUUGUAACUGACUUACCUGAACGGACCGGAGAUAAGUUGUCAUCGGAGCCUCUACCACAGCAAGGCGAGUCCAAGCCCAGACCAGCCCUCAGUCUUCAGCAGUACCGCCUGCUGCGCCAGCAGAAGAGACUACCCGUGGUGGCGAAACCAGAGAAUUACACCACCAAGUGGCCCUCGCUACCUGAAACCCCUAAGGAGUUGCCUCCUAUACCCUGUUUACAAGGACCUAAACAUACCAUGUGGGGACCAACGACCACACAUCCCACACAUCAUUACAUAGGAAGUACAACAGGGGAUGAUGUCAGUGGAUUCAAGCCUAUAUCUAAGACUAGGAUGAAGAUCGUCUCUCCUGCUUCUCCCAGUAAACCUGGUAAAGGCAUUGGCGUCAAUGGAUCAAAGCCUGUAGGAAGUGGGACUAAGACUUCUCUUGCCAGCUCAGCUCUAAAGCCCAACCGCAACUCAAUGGAAUCUAAAUCUGCUGAUGAUGUUGGUAUAUUAAAGUCUAUUUGGACUGAGACCAUCUCUCCUGCUAGUCCCUUACCAAGUCCCAACCUGAACUCGAACCCAGUGGCGGGUCUGGGCAAGAACAGGACUAGGCCAGCAAGGAGUGCUGUUGCGGUCAGUAGCGACCCCCCAAACCCUGUCCUGGUCCCACUACCAGGAACCCGUCCAGCUUUGGGUGGAUUUGAUAGGAGCCAUGGGACCAACCAGGAGCAGCAGGAACAGGAACAAUCUCCGCCUCCGUCCACCACCCAGGAGACUCCGGCGCCCAAGCCCAAAAUGGUGUUCUGCAACCGGGAUCCAAGCCUGAAGAGCACCGGCCUCCUCCUUGAGAUCCAGCGGAGGUUCUCCACCAAACAACCAUAUCGGAAAACACUUCACACCCAAACCCCUGCAGAGACCAUGAAACAAGGGGAUCAGCCUCGCUCUCUCAGCACAAGGAAAGAGAUCGAGACUGUACCAGAAGGGUCCAAGUUUUCCCCAAGUGCACCAGUAAUGGCAAAUCUGUCCUCCAGCCCUUCAGUCCAUCCACCCACCCCUGCUGUUACUCCUUACCCAGAGAUGGAGAGGGCAAAGUGGGUAGCCCUCGGGGACCUCCCCCAUGUCCAACUGUCCACCUCUCCAGAGAGUAGCUCCUGCAUACAGACCCCCAACUGCGGCACAGGUAAGCCAUAACACAAAUAGAAACAAUAUAUUUUGGUGUAGGGUGAAGUUGACUGAUCUUUACAUUUACAUUUUAGUCAUUUAGCAGACGCUCUUAUCCAGAGCGACUUACAGUUAGUGAGUGCAUACAUUUUCAUACUGGCCCCCCGUGGGAAACAAACCCACAACCCUGGCGUUGCAAGCGCCAUGCUCUACCAACUGAGCUACAGGGGACCAUCCCUUGGGUCAGUUUAGCAUUUUACUCACUACAGGUGAGGAUUAGGGGAGUGGAAUCUGAUCCUAGAUCUGUACUGAGGGGAAACUACGCCCUAAGCAUAUAUUUCUUCAGGUUAAGCUAAUUAAGCUAAAAGUAGAUUAUAUUUGAUUUAGUUAGAGCUGGUGUGAAAUUAACAAAAAUGUAUAAUUUGUGAUUACUGUGACAUCCUGUGACACAUUUUUGUAAGACGCAUUCAGAAAGUGAUUGUCUCCAUGUUCAGCUGCAGGAAUCAAAGCUAUAAACAUAUACUAGACUGAUGACUGCUUUUCAGAAAGUUUAUCUUUUUUAAAGGAGUGGGGCAGUCCCACUCUCAUAUUUUUCAGAUAGGAAAGAUAGAGAGGAUAGGGAGAGGAGAGUUGCUGAGAUAGCAGGGGUCUGGAUUCGAACCCAUGCUGCAGCGGUAUAUGUGUUCCGGAUUAAGUGGCUUAGACCACUAGGCCACCAGAAUGUUCACCUUGAUGAACUGCUACUGUCCCUACAUUCAGAAACUGAUUUCUCUUGGUCACGUUGCAGGAAUCGAAGCCACAGAUCUGACCAGCCUUCUGGAGCGGUUUGAGGAGACACAAGGUGAGUGAGGGAUCAGUGAGGUUUUGUUAACUCUCUCCCGUUGUUCUUCCGCCUAUAAUAUAUCCCAUCCAUUCUGGGAUUUGUAUUAAGAUGUAUUGAUUUGGUUGACGCAUACAUCCCAGCUGCCCCUGUCCUUGUAAUCUUAUACACGGUGACGGAAAAAGGCACAACUGAUCCUAAAUCGGGACUCUGAGACGCUGGAUACAUUCAGCCCCUGAUCUUGUCUAACCCGUGGCUGUGUUCUCUUCCCACAGCCAAAGAGGAGUCUGAGAGUGAACAUGAAGCCAGUCCAGACAGGAGCCCUGUCAGAUAUGAAGAGCUGAGCAACAACACUGAAGGUGAGUUAAAGGAAGGUCCUUUCUAUUGGGGGACGGGGGGCGGGGUGCAUCCCAAAUGGCACCCUAUAACCUCCUUAGUGCACCACUUUAGCCAUAUAUGGGCACUGGUCAAAAGUAGUGCACUAUAAAGGGAAUAGGGCGUCAUUUGGGAUGAACGAGUUCCUUCAUCUUAAUUUAUAGUUUAGUCCGCACAGUUGCUCAGAGGACUUUGUUAUGGUUAUUCCCAUGCUUUAGAACGGAACUUCAGUUUAUCAUCUCGUUCGUUCCUUUCUUUCCAGGGAUGCUGAGACUGCUGGGUGCCUAUCUCCUCAGCACCCAAGAAACACUCUGUCUUCCAGAACCCGCUGGCAUUCCAGAACUUGUCAACACACUAGAAGCACUCAAAACUCCGGAACCCCUUAGAACUCCGGAACCCCUCAGAACUCCGGAACUUUGCGAUACUCAGGAACCUCUCGGCACCCAAAACAUUCUCAGCACUCAAAACGUUCUCAGCACUCAGGAACAGGCCCCUGCACAGCCGCGCUGGAAACCCCUUACCCCUGUCGCACCUCAGAGGAAGCAACCGGCGACCCCUAAACCUUCCCCUCCCAAGGCCAUCCAAAUCAUCGACCCCCGUCCUCUACCACCCAAAAAGGCACACCCACUUCCCCCAAAGCCCCCUGUCACCCCCUCUCAGUUCCAGACAGCAGUGUCUGUCUCCUCGGACCACGACUACUGUCUAUCUCAGGAUCAACAAGGAAGUAAUACUACUACGCUAUGCAGCAAAAGACAAACGAUACUCCCCGACCACCAACCAAUCACCAACUCCUCCGCAGUGCCUGGCGCACAGAACUCUGGGAAAUAUAUGCGCCAGCAGCAGCCAGUUGACUCCAGGACUGUUCCAGAGACAGAACUUCCCUCAGACUCUCCUCCGCUGUCUACAGAGAGCUCCCCCUCUAGGACGGAGGCCAUAACAGCAGGGGAGACGCAGGAAGAGAGAACCAGCCCCUGCAUCCCCUCCCCUCCUUCAGCCAGUCCCCCUGCCAGAGGUAGGAGUGCGGCCCAGCGCUAUCAAACCAGGUCUUCAUGCUCGGACUCUAGCUCUAGGUCCCCUUCAUCCUCAUCUUCCUCCUCCUCCUCUCGAUCCAGGUCUCGCUCUCCACCCCGAAAGAGGUAGGUUCAAGUUCUGUGUGGUGACUGUUAUUGCUCUUGAAUUGAAGUUGGGGAGGAAAAACUAUUAGUGAUUUUAUUCAGCAGCUGUGGCAUAGUUAGUGUGGGGUGGGGGGGGUUUGAGUCACUCGGAUAGAUUUAUGCUAUCUGAGUGACUCAAACAAACAUAACAAUAUCAAUGACAUGAAUUCUUUUUUAUUUUUUAUUCUCCCUGACUGUCUACUUUUUAUUUAGGUGAUUCUUAGUUCUCAAAGAUGAUCUUAAAAAUAUAUAGCUCCAUUAUAUCUUCUACAUACUUUAUAUCUGAUUUUAGUCAUUUAAGUUUACACAAACUUUUUACCACCCCAACAUGUAUUGUCUUGCUUUAACCCACGUCCUCUCCUCUUUCUCCAAUCCCUCUCCCUCCCUCCUGAUCCCUCUCCGUCCUCCUCCCCUCCCCUCUCUCUCCCUCCUGAUCCCUCUCCUUCCUCCUCCCCUCCCCUCUCUCUCCCUCCUGAUCCCUCUCCUUCCUCCUCCCCUCCCCUCUCUCUCCCUCCUGAUCCCUCUCCCUCCUCCUCCCCUCCCCUCUCCCUCCCUCCUGAUCCCUCUCCUUCCUCCUCCCCUCUCCCUCCCUCCUGAUCCUUCUCGGUCCCCCUCCCUCUCCUUCCUCCUCCCCUCCUCUUCCUCCCCCCUCCUCCUCCUCCCCCACCAGGUUCUGUCCCAGACGUUCUGAAAGCAGCUCCUGCUCGUCCUCUUGCUCCAGCUCCGUCUCCCGUUCCCCGGUUCCCUGCCGGUACCGGCUACCCUACCCACGGUCACGGUCCUGGAACCGCUCCCAGUCCAGAUCAAAGUCCUGGUCUCGGUCUGGGUCCAGGUCUAGAUCCAGGUCCCCCACCACUCUGGCGUACAGGAGGACCCAGAGGUGGAGGAGGGACUGCUACAGGUCAGUGAUGGCAUUUCUAAUUUUUUUAAUAACUUUUGUUAUUUAUUUGUUUUUUUUAAAUGUAGGGGUGUGUAUUAUUAGUAGAGUUCUGAAUGAUUGUAUUAGACUAGGAUUAAACUAUAGCCACACUGGUUUUCUGUGGUCCAUCUCACCCUCGCGCUCUCCUCCUCUCCCCUCAGCCCAACCUUAAGCUCUAACAACAUCGGUGACUCCAGGAAACGAAAGAGGCAACAAUAUACGAGGAAUCAAAAAUUAAAAGCCAUAGUGAGUACUGAGUAGUACAUUACAAACCGUGGUACACAUUGUGUUUUUGCUGUUAACAUUUUAUAAAUACAUUUUGUAUACUUUUAAGAUGUUAAAUGUAAAUGUGAAAUUACUUCCUGAUUGAUUUGGAGACAAAAUGGCCGCAACUGUCCUCUUUGGUUCCCACCAGAUGGCCAAGCUGCAAAGUGAAGAUUGGCUAUAUCAUAAACAUUUAUGGAAACCAAAAUGAGCUUUUUGGUCUUCAGUUUAGGUUAGGCAUAAGGUUAGCAGCAGUGUGGGUAGGGUUAAAGUUGGAAUCCGUUGCGGUGAAACUGCCACCUCAGUUUGUGAUAUUACAACAACAAAGAUGUUACUUCAAACAACAAACACUUUAAUUCCCUCUUGACAUCAUUGCAUGCGCAAUAUAACAGCAUGUACCACGAUUUAUUUUAAUGACGUUGCUGGAUGCUCAUCUCCUCCUCCUCAAAAACAAAACAUAACAGAUGAGACCUGGGGGAGACCUAUGGAACCGUUUCCCCUUUCACAGAUCUCAGCUUUAAUGUUUGGGUUUAAAAUCAGAUUUUAAGAAGAUUCAAUUGUAGAAAUCGGCUUCUGACUUCACCUCUUGGCCAGAUAGUGACAACCCUUCCUCCAUUGUUUUGUGUGGCCAGGAUGAGCGCAGGGUGGUGUACGUGGGCCGCAUCCAGAGGACCAUGAUGCACGCGGAGCUGAGAGAACGCUUCUCUCUGUUUGGAGAGGUGGAGGAAUGCACCCUGCACUUUAGAGACAGGGGGUGAGUCUCUUUCUUUCUCUCUCUCUGCAUCAAAAGAGAUGGUCAAAAUGCAUCAGUCACCUCUCUCUCUCCCUCACCUCUCUCUCUCUCACCUCUCUCUCUCUCUCUCUCUCACCUCUCUCUCUCUCUUUCACCUCUCUCUCUCUCUCCCCCUCACCUCUCUCUCUCUCUCUCUCUCUCCCCCUCACCUCUCUCUCCCCCUCACCUCUCUCUCUCGGUCCUCCUCACCUCUCUCUGUCCCUCUGUCUCCCCCAUUAGAUAUAAUCAUACUUGAUGUUAUAUAUAGAACACGUAUUUGACCAGGUUAACUAAAUGACUUACCUUUGUCCAUGUCAAGUGGUUAGGAAAUACGUUUCUUAACCUGGGUUCUGUUGUUUCUAUAGCGACCACUACGGCUUUGUGACGUUCUACAACAUGAAGGAUGCGUUCGCAGCCAUCGAGAACGGCUACAAGCUGAGGAGACCUGACGAGCUGCCCUUUGACCUCUGCUUCGGGGGCAGGCGGCAGUUCUGCAAAUCUACGUACGCCGACCUAGGUGAGAGAACCUUUUAAGGGUGGUCCCAAAUGGCACCCUAUGUUUAUUAAGCUUGUGUAUCGGCCUCUCGGACGAAGGCUUUCCCCUCUUGGGAAAUAGAUUAGAUUAGUUUAUUAGUCACAUGCACAGGGUCGCAGAUGUAAUUGCAGGGUAAACAGGUUGAAAUCAGCAUGUUGGUAACUGAACUGGUUUGUUUCCCUAGAUUAUAAUCAGGAAGAGGUGGAUCCCACUCCAGCGAAAAGUAAGGAGGAGGAGCUGGACUUUGACACGCUAUUGAAGCAGGCACAGAAAGGCUUGAAGCGGUAGCAGAGUCCUGGAGGAAGAUAGCACAAAGAAAGAGAAAAGGAGUGAUGGAGAGGAGGUCCCAAAUGUCACCCUGUUCCGUAUAGAGGGCACUAGCCUUAGGGCUCUGAUCCAAAAGCAGUGCCCUCUAUAAUAGGGAACAGGGUGUCAUUUGGG